AUGAGUAAAAAAGGUUUAGGUUACAGAAUGAACAACUGAAGUUUGGAUAAAGACAACUGAAUUUGUUUUCCUCCUAAAAAGGGAAAAGACAGAUAUAGGAUAGGAUUUGAACCUAAAAUUAAAAAAUUGAUUUACAAAUUAUUUGUCAUUUUGCAUAUAUAUGUAAUGUUGAGACACAGAAAUCCAAUAGUAUUAUGCAUGGGAGGGACAGAAAUGGAUGAUUACUGUGAACGGUUGAGAAACGUCACCAGAUAUGAAGAGGUACCGUCAGCUCCAAAAUUCAAAGGUCAGCCUUGCAUCUCUCACCUCCACAUCUAUUUCUUGCUGCCUUAAUUCUAUUCUUGGCAUUAUUUUUUCAAACCCAUUCAAUCCCCAUUCCUCCUCCCACUCUCUCUCCUCCCUGUCUCUCUCUCUCUCUCCUCCCCUCUUCUCUUUCUCUCUCAUGCAUUGUCAUGGAAUAUUUCAAACAAAAGAAGAAAGAAAGAGAGAAAGAGGGAGACCUCAUGCCUUCAGUAUCCUUCCAAGGAGGAGGAUCCUGCAAUCUCCUGGGGACUACUACACAUUGUGGCUGGUGAAAAUGAAGGCAAUGGGCACGCGUGGGAUCAUGCGUGCACCACCAAACACGCCUCCAUUGCUCAUCCUUAACCUCCUCCUACUCUUAGCAUUUUCAUCAUGCUUCAUUGUGUCAUUUGCAUCACCGGACGCUGACACCCUCGUGAAGUUCAAGGAGUCACUGACAAAUGCUGAUGAGGCUCUGAGCAGUUGGGAUCCCUCCACUGAACCAUGUACCGCGAAUUGGACUGGUGUGGUUUGCUCUAAGGACAACAUCUUGACUUUGCAGUUCGAAAGCAUGAACCUAGGCGGUAAAAUUGAUGUGGAUGCUCUUGUUCCCUUGCGCCAAUUGAGGACUCUGGACUUUAUGAACAACAAGUUUGAGGGUCCCUUGCCUGACUUCAAGAAACUCGGGGAUCUCAAGUUCUUGUUCUUGUCGAAUAAUCAGUUCUCUGGGGAGAUUCCGGAUGAUGCAUUUGCUGGUAUGGAAAAUCUGAAGAAAGUGUAUUUGGCAAGCAACAAGUUUAGUGGUGGCAUUCCUUCGUCGCUUGCAGCAUUGUCUAAGCUGGGAGAGUUGAGGCUUGAGGACAACCAAUUUGAAGGGCAAAUACCAGAUUUCAAGGAUCCAGAUUUGAAACAGCUAAAUGUAUCUAACAAUCAAUUAGAAGGUCCAAUCCCUGAAAGUCUAGCCAACAUGGAUCCGACCGGAUUUGCUGGAAACAAAGCUGCGAAAUCACCCCCUGCCCCUCCUGCUGCCACCAAAACUCCCGCCACCCCUGCUGCCACCAAAACCCCUGCUGCCGACGCUUCUAAGACCAAAGAUGCUAGCAAAGAUGCCAGCAAAGAUGCUAGCAAAGAUUCUAAGGGCAAAGAUGCUGAUGCUUCAAAGGCCGGAGGUGCAGCGGCCGCCUCCAAAGCUGCCGGUGCUGCUAACAAGAAGUCUCCUAUGGGAACAAUCAUAAUUGUGAUUGUUGUUGUGAUAGUUAUAGCAGUAAUUGCGGUGGUGGUUGUUAUGUAUAUGCGCAAAAACAAAGAAAAAGAGAAGCAGGCUGCAGCUUCACCACAUGAGCAGAGGAGUGUGCCAGCUCCCCAUCCAACUGAUGCAGAACUUGGGAAGGUAUCUCCCGAGAGGUCUGGGAGCUCAAGGAGCUCAAGAAGAGGUGAAAAUGGGAAAUUGUCGUUCGUUAGGGAAGACCGUGAGAAGUUUGAGCUGCAAGACUUGCUGAAAGCCUCAGCAGAAGUGUUGGGUAGCGGCAACUUUGGAUCUUCCUACAAGGCUUUACUCAACAACGGCAAAGCCAUGGUUGUCAAGAGGUUUAAGUUAAUGGACGACAUUGAAAGAGAGGAGUUUUACGAGCAUAUGAGAAGGCUAGGGAGAUUGACGCACCCCAACUUGCUUCCUCUUGUGGCAUACUACUACAGAAAAGAAGAGAAGCUGUUGGUAUAUGACUAUGUUCACAAUCGCAGCUUGGCUAAUCAGCUCCAUGGCAACCGUCAUGUGGAGCAGGUGAAGCUUGAUUGGCCAACGCGCUUGAAGAUUGUGAAAGGAGUAGCCAAGGCCUUGGCUUACCUCCACACUGAGCUCCCUACCCUUAGUUUACCCCAUGGUCACCUCAAGUCUUCCAAUGUGCUUCUAAAUGACUCCUUGGAGCCCCUGUUGAUGGACUACACUCUGGUGCCGAUGAUCAACCUAGAGAAAGCCCAGCAAAUCUUGGUGGCUUACAAGUCACCAGACUACGUGCAACAGGGCCGAGUCACCAGGAAGACAGACGCAUGGUGCCUAGGAAUUUUGAUAUUAGAGAUCAUAACAGGUAAGUCUGCCGCGAAAUGCCUUGGACAAGCUGCUGUUGGUACAAGUAAAGAUGGUGCAGCAGAUGAUAACUUGUCAAGUUGGAUCAGCUCGAUAAAAGAAGACAGCGUUGAUGAGAAGAUGGGGGACAGCUCGAAAGCUAAAGGAGAAAUCAAAAAGCUUUUGAAGAUUGGAAAGACUUGCUGUGAAGAGAAUGUGGAGAAAAGGUUGGAGUUGAAGGAGGUUGUAGAGAAGAUUGAAGGCAUAAAAGAGAAGGACAGCACUGAUCAGAAUGACAAACCAGAUGCUGCUAAAGUUGAUGUGAAGGGUUGAUGAUUUUAUAUAAAUUCCUGCACAUCAAAAAAAUAUGGAGAAGUGGAUGGUUGUUACUUUUUAGGCAUUGAGGUUGAUUUUUCAUAUUGCUGGUGUAAAAAUGAAAUUGCUGUUUUGUUUAUUAUACAGUACAAUGGUUGAGGAUAAGUAUUUCCUUCUUUCUCCUUUCUUUUAAUCAUUGUA